AAAAUGCCCGAACCGCUGCACCUCUUCGACCUCCCCGUCGACAUCCUCUCCCUCAUCCUCUCCCAACUCCUCACAGCCCCCAACAACAACAACAACGACGGCAGCAGCGGCGUCAUCCCCCUCUGUCCCUGCACCGCCAGCAGCGCCAUCAUCAACCCCGUCCCCGUCUUCCUCAUCCACCCCUCCCUCUACGCCAUCGCCCAUCCGCUCUUCUACGGCCCGGCAAACACGUUCCUGCUCGACCUCACCGGGGACCACGCCUCCCACAUCCGGCGCUUCAUCGACGACGCAGCAGAGGACACCAUGCAGGAUGAUGACGCCCACGGCAACAAACAACAACAACAACAAGCCCCGAGACAAGAACAGCUCCUCCUCCGCCGCACAGGAGGCCGCUUCCUCCUCCUGUCCCAAGAAGCAAGGCGCAGGGUGCGCAAGCUCGAGAUGCGCAUCGACCGCCUCCGCGGCUGGCUGUGGGACGACCUGGGCCCGUUCCUGCAGGACAUGGCCGUCCGGGGCGAGCUCGCCGACUUUACCCUACUAGUCGACGAGAGCAGCAGCAGCAACAACAAGGAGCAGCAGCAGCACAGGGCGCAGUCCAUCACGAGCGCCUUCCUGCGCGAAAAGAGGCGCGUCUUUGACAGGCCCCCGCUGGAAGGCCUGGUCAGGCUGCUGGCGGACCCGGGCAUCCGGGAGGCGAGGCUGAGGGUCAGGGGCACGAGGCAUCAGCGGGCUUGGUGCGAGUUCCAUCCCGGGAGGGAGUGCGGCGGCGGCUCGCUGCCGUUUCUGAAGCAGCAUAGGAGAAAGGAGGAGGAGGAGGAUGUUGAUGAUGAGGAGGAGGUGAUUGAUGUUGACUGGAGGGCGAUUCUGAGCAAGGUUGAUCCCGAGGGGAGGAGGAGAGCGGUGGCGUGGCAGGUAUAGU